CUCUCUCUCAGUAGUCCAAUGGCUCUUCAGAGGCUCGCUCUCCUCGUCGCAGUCUCAUUUCUUAUGGCGCAGGCACAGGCGCGCCAUACUCCCUUUGAAACCCGCAACGACCUCCUGACUCGGCUCGAAAGCGGCACCGGAAGCUUGUUCGAUUGCUGGAAUGCACUUCUGGAGCUGCGAUCCUGCACUAACGAGAUCGUCCUCUUCUUCCUCAAUGGCGAAUCCUACCUGGGCCCCAAUUGCUGUCAGGCCAUUCAUGUGAUUACGCGUCAGUGCUGGCCUGCCAUGCUCGCUUCUAUAGGUUUCACAACAGAGGAAGGUGAUAUACUCAGAGGCUACUGCGAUGCAUCGACCACUGUGCCGCCUCCAUCGCCCGUGAGCUUAGGUCCAGUUGCGGUUGGGCCGGUUGCUUCUGGGGUUGUUGGUUUGGAGGAUUAGAUGAAGUAGAAAUGGAUGGUAUGAACUGAAAUAGUAGAUAUGUUUUUGUGGUGUUUUUACGUUUGCAUGGUUUAGUGGAUAAUCUCUAUAUAUAAAUGGUAUGACAUA